CUCUCGCGAGAGGGGGUUAUUUCUCGCGGGCAUGCGGUUGUUGUUGUAACACCGGUGCUGUGGGCUGCAUGGUAGCGCUCUAGCUUCUCCCUUCCCCGCACAGUAACAGGGAGCCGCACAUCAGACACAUCUGGAACAUGAUGACCCACAGGCGUCGGUCAACCGCAUACGUUGUAAUAUAGUUAGGACAGAAGCAGCUCUCCGUUCAGGACUAAUCUCCAGCCACCAUGAAGGGCUGCUGAGCUAACGGUGGCUAACGUCAUCCCCGCAGUCAACGCUUCUGCUCCAUGUAACACAAGGCUCCUAUUAACUGGAAAUCACACUGGAGCACUUGUGACCCAAACCGGUUGCAGAGAUGGACCAGGAAGCGGCUGAGAGCCAGCUCCUCCCGGGCAGUGAGCCCCUGCAGCAGGUGGAUGAGGGACAGAGCUCGGAGAAAGAUUGUCCUCAGACAGAAAAGGCUUCAGAGGAGGCCCCGGCCCCCCUGGAUGGCACCAAGGAGAAGCCCGUGUUGACCCCGCAGCCCGUGGAGGACGUCCCCGCAGAGGCCGAGGAGGAAGUCAGUAUGGCCGGCUGCGAGCCCCCGGUGGACUGGUUCGAGCCGCUGGAGGACGAUGAUGCCAAUAGCAUUGACAGGAACGAUCCAGAGGACGAGAGUCUGGCAGGGGAAAGUGAGAUGGGUGAAAGCGUGGCCGGCAGUGAGAAGACCAUGAGGAGGGCGUAUCGGCUUCAGAUCCCCCGCCGUCAAAGGCGAUCAAAUCGUGACGAGGGAUGGAUUGUGUGGCCAGUACUCGGCGAUGGUUGGAAACGCAAAGAGGUUGUUCGACGUUCAGGUUCAAGCAUCGGCCAAAAGGAUGUGUAUUACCUCAGUCCGGCGGGCGACAGAGUGAGGAGCAGAGUAGAGUUGACCACCGUUCUCCAAGGACAUCUCGACUUGACUAACUUUGAAUACAAGUCUGGCAAAUUUUAUGAAGGGGAAGCCCCGCCUGUAAGAGUUCGAGCUAGAGCGAAGAGAAAACCCCGGGAGCGUUCCUCCUCAGAAUCAAGUUGGUUGGAGAGAGGAGAGGGGGCAGAAACCCCUGACUCCCAUCACAGGCUCACCCCAAACAUCAUGUCCAAAAACCUCUACGUCAACCAGAUGAGUUUCUCGCUGAACACCUCAGUGGGAAACCUGAAACAAAGCUCUCGCUACGAUGAUAUGUCAGAGGAUAAAAUCAGACUCCCUUUCCCUUCGUCGUCCCGGCCACUCCCGUCUAUAAACGGAGAAAUCGGCUCAGAAGACAGCAUUCUGGUCUGUGCCAAGUGUGGCAUUUCCUUCACAGGUACAUGGUAUGACAAACAAAGGAAGAGGCCUUCCUGUCCCACCUGCUGGGCAUCAAAGACAAAAGAGCAUCCAAUGAUCCGGUUCAGGAAGGUAACUCCCGUCAGCAGCCUGCAAACUCAAACAGCUGCGUUUGGCAGCAAUAGUUGGAUUCCUUGUGGUCAAUGCGUGGGAUGUCACAACACAAUCAACUGUGGGCAGUGUGCUAACUGCAAGCAUGGCCUGCAGAGCCCGGAGUCCAGGAAGCGCGUAUGCCGGAAGCGCAGGUGCAUAUGUCCCAUUCGCAAGAACCCUGGAGGAGGAGGGUUGCUGCUCCAGAGGCCUCAACACGACCUUCACGAAUCCUUCGAUGACAGCUUUAGUUUCCAGAAUGAAGUUAAAGACUCGCAGCAGACGAGUCUGAAGGGCAGCGACGGAGAGAACUUCUCCGUCAACGUGGACCUGGAAGACGAGGAUUUGUCAACCGAUGACGAUGAUGAUUGGCAUAAAAAGCGUAAGCGCCGUUCCUGUGGAGAAUGCAAGGCCUGUCUCUCCAGGAAAGACUGCGGCACAUGUGAUUUUUGUGUCGACAAACCCAAGUUCGGAGGCAGCAACAAGAAGAGGCAGAAGUGUCGUUUACGGCAGUGCCAGCGUCAGGCGAUGAGACACUUGCUGCCCUUCCAGAUGGGGCUGAGUGAAUAUGGGUCAGAGGAGGGACCGGCGCUGCCGGGCCGGCCGAGACCUCACUACACGUACAGUCGCAAGUCAAGUUUAAAGAAACGCAAAGGGCUGGAGAGUGGCUUGGACUUGGACACUGACAAUGAGGAUGAGGAGGACAGUAAUUUACAACCAUCAACCUGGAGCAAACACUCAUUUGAUGUCAGAGAUCACCAAUCGUCUACACAGCAGUUGGAUCCCUUAGAUUUCGGGGAUAAGAACGGACUGACAAACCUGGUCCCUCACAUCAGGAACCACGACUACUCUAAACAAGACCGUCAAAGCCAGUGGGGUGUAGAGAGCUCCUACACAGGCAGAGACGGUCAAACGCAAGUUGAAGAAGAGGAUGAGGACGAGGAGGAGGAGGAAGACGAGGAGGAGGAGGAGAAAGAGCUUCCCAUGAUCACGCAGAUCUACAGCUUGGCCGACACCCCGAGUGGCAGCGGCUCGGACAUGGACAACCAGCUGAUGAAACUGCUGCACUCCCUGCGCUCGUCCGUGCUGCCCAUCCUGUGGUACGCCAUCAUGGUGGACGGCCCGCAGCUGCAGCUCAUCCAGUGCUCCAAGCAGUCGGCCAUGGCCGACACCAUCGUGCUGAUCGACCCCGGCUUCUGCUACCAGGUGACGGUGCAGAAGCAGCCGCUGCUCCCCACCCACUCCCUGUACGACCGCUACCCGGCGCCGCUCACCUCCGUCACGGAGGUGGUGAGCCUGCUGCUGGCGCUGGAGAAGUUCGUGGUGUGCCACGGCAUCCCGCUCAGAGAACCGUUGCUCUACAAGGGCUCGCUGGUGCUGGAGCGCGCCUCCACCUGCGACUUCCUGGUCAAGAAGAACGAGAGCGUCUGCUCCAACUGCAGAACUCUGCAGCGACCGUAACUUCUGCACAGAGUCUUUUUUUUUUUUUUUUCUCUCCUUCUAUUUUCAUUCUUCAAAAAAAUGUGACGUUUUACGGACGCCAGACUUUUCUGGUGCAACUUUGUGCCAUUUUUUCCCCCCAAUGGCAAUAAGAUGUAUGAUACUUUACAGACUUACCUCUUGACCUCACUUGUUUGAUUUGCUUCUCUGAAGAAUCACCAAAGGCAUUCAGGAGCUGUGUGAAUAAACCCAGGCUUGUUUUUUGUAGCGCCCCCCCCUCCCUCCCCGUGUUUCUCUCUUCUCUCAGAUGUUUUAUCCUGCUGGUGUUGGGCGUCUCUGUGGAAUUGUUCAGGUGAGUGUCUGGUCGGCGUCUCUGAUCAUCGUCGAUGGGCUUCACUCGUUUCCCUCGUUACCUUUGAUUUAUUUAUACAAAGUGAAUAAACACUUUGAAUUAUGAAACCCAGAUUAAACUAUGCUGUUAGCAUUAGCUCACGGGUCGUAUCACCAGCAUCAUUGGCCGCCACAUUGUUGCCACGACGACAUGUAUAAUGUGUUAUAGGUGAUGAACUUUACCAGUAAGUGCGUUCUUUUUGGAAGGUUUUUUUUUUUUUUUUUUUUUUUUCCAUUUUGGUCAGUUUUCUAUUUUCAGUAAGUUAUUUGAUUAUGAUCUCCUCCCAUUGCACUCAGCUGGUAGUCUUUUGUUUUUGAAUAUUCUUGCUUUUCAUCUGGCAACUGUUUUUUUUUUUUUUUUAUCAUGAAUUUUACGUUUAAGCCUCUAAACCUUUGUGUCUUCCAGUGUAUGCAGUCAGAUGGUCACAUGAAUUAUAAAUACGCUCGAACAUUUACUUGAAAAUAGCCCAAAUAAUAGACGGUGUGAGCAGCAGCAGUUUUCCAGUUAUUUUUUAAGCUCAUUACAAAAUGAAAUGGAAUCAAGAACCACUACCUCUCCCUGCUGGCGGCUCCGUAGAGUCCUGACUGACACGAAAGAGAGUAUUAUCCCUAAAGUGCUGUAAAUACAACACAGAACAUGUAGAUCACGUCCUGGACGGGACUCGGCGCUCGCGUUCCAGUCGGGACCACUUUUGAAAGACCUUUGUCAUCGUUUUGGGUGCGAGGCUUUUGCACAGAGCAAGGGUGGCUACGAGGCGGCUAUGAAGUGGCUACGAAGUGGGUACGAUGGGAAGUUCCAGGUGGUAAACUGUAACCGUACGAGAGCAUAUGCGUGUAGAAUGUAUUUCCCAGAAUUAGGUGUUUAAAUGUUGUAGUCCAGUCAUCUCUCCGAUGAUGUUUCUGUUCAAUAUUAGUGUUAGACCUCCAUCAGCCACGUUGGCCCAUCCCUUCUUUUGACUUGUGUGACACUUGGUAUUAAAUGGCAUUUGAAACCUUUUUUUUUUUCUUUUUCAAUUGUCUAAUAAAGCAUUUUUUCUCCCGUCCCUCCCCGAUCCUUUGGAAUAACUCAGUGACUUUUGACAAUGUGAAACUUUAUGCAUUCGACAUAUGUGUAUUUUGUUACUUUGUUUUCUUCAAGUGGUUGUGCAGAUUUAAUGCUUUAAAUACUAUUGUCAGCUCGUCUUUGAAUUAAAGCUUAUUUGAAGA